AUGGCGUUGGUGACGAUGAAGAGGAAAAGGGACCCGGACGCAGCAACGUCCUCGUCGUCGAGUGGAGGUGAUAAGUCACUGGGAGCUGAAUUCGAUGUGUUCUUGAGUUUUAGAGGGCCGGACACUCGCCUUAAUUUUACCGAUCACCUCUAUCACUCCCUGAAUGGAGCUGGAAUUCGCGUCUUCAUGGACAAUGAAGAGAUCCGAAAAGGUGAAAAGGUUGGAGAAGAGCUUUGGCGUGCGAUCGACGACUCUAGAAUUUACGUUCCCAUCUUCUCCAGAGACUAUGCAUCGAGUGCGUGGUGCCUUCGCGAACUCGCCUACAUGGUGGAAUGCUCGAGAAGAUCAACGGAGAAAGUGAUUGUUCCCAUUUUCCUUGAUGUUGAUCCUCGCGAUGUUAAGCUCAGAACUGAAUUAUACAGUGAUGCCUUGAAAAAGCAUGAGGACAGGUUGGGCUACGAUAAAGUGCAACCAUGGAAGGAGGCUCUAACAGAGGUCGCUUCAAUCGAUGGAUGGGACUGCAGAGGUGAAAGUUUCUUGUAUAGCAGGCAAGGAGAACUUAUAAAACUUAUUACCGAUGAGGUUUCAAUGAGACUGGUGAAAAGAGUUCGAGUAGUGCCUGAUCAUUUGGUUGGUAUCAAUCAUCAAGUGCAAAACGUGAUGUAUAUGUUAGGCAAAGACUCUCUUGAUGUACGGUUUGUCGUAAUACACGGAAUGGGUGGAAUCGGUAAGACAACUCUUGCCAACUUUGUUUUCAACCAAAUCGCUUCUCAAUUUGAUGGUUGCAGCUUCUUAUCAGAUAUUCGAGAAUUAUCACAGCGGGGUAAAAUUGUGAAAUUGCAAAAAAGAUUAUUGUCUGACAUCCUCAAUUCCAAAUCCAUAGAGGUUCAUGAUACCGACUUUGGGAUCAACAUGAUUAAAGGGAGAUGUCGCCACAAGAAAGUUCUUAUUGUUCUUGAUAAUUUGGACAAAAGGGACCAACUUGUGAUGCUUGCAGAAAAGUGUGAGUGGUUCGGUCCGGGAAGUAGAAUCAUUGUGACAACUAGGGAUGGCAGUAUUUUCACGAAUAAUGCCUCAAUACAUCCUAAAGAGUAUCACUUCUACGAGAUGGAGGAGAUGCAUCAUUCUUUUGCCAUUCAACUUUUCAGUAGCCAUGCAUUUAAGAGCGAUGCUCCUCCACGUGAACAUGAUAAAAUAACAGGAGAAAUUGUGAAAAUCACUGGUGGACUGCCGCUAUCUCUUAAGGUCAUCGGAUCCUCACUUUACCGGAAAAGAGAUGAAGUAUGGCAUGAAGUAUUAGCCAAGCUGACGAAAACGCCUCACAAAGAAGUUCAAGAUGUAUUGAAGGUAAGCUAUGACAUGUUGGAUUAUGAGCAGAAAGAAAUUUUCCUUGACAUUGCAUGUCACAUGGCUGGUGAACGAAUAGGCGACGCAAUUGCUAUGUGGAGGGCUUCUCAAUUUUAUCCAAAUGUAAACAUCCCAGUUCUUAUUAGUAAUUCUCUAAUGAAAAUGGAGAAUGACCGCAUUUGGAUGCAUGACCAACUCGGAGAUUUAGGGAGGGAACUUGUUCAUAGCGAGAGCUUCAAGCAUCCUGGAGAGCGUAGUAGAAUAUGGUGUACCACUGUAGCCAUGGAUGUUAUUCGAAAGAAACAGGGAACCAAAGAAAUAGUAGCACUCAAACUAGGGGGACAAUCUCAAGUGUGCAAUAUUUCAAGUGAAGACAUUUCAAGGCUGGUAAAUUUAAGGUUCCUUGAAUUGGAUGGAGGGAACUUUGUAGGAGACUUCCAAAAUCUCCUCUUGGAGCUAAAAUGGCUCUCUUGGCAAAAUUGUCCAUCAGAGUUCCAAGCUACAAACUUUUCUCCUAGCUAUCUAGUUGUCCUCAAAAUUUCAGAAUCUGAUAUUACAAAUGAUUGGGCUGGAUGGAGCCAAAUCAUGGGAGAAGGUAGGUUAAAAGCUUUGCAUCUCGUGAGUUGUAGAAGGUUGAUCAAGACGCCUAGCUUCUCUUCAUGCUCGACUUUGGAGAGACUUGUUGUGAAGGAUUGUGAUAGGCUGGUUGAAAUUGACCCAUCCAUUACUAUGCUACAGCAUUUGAAGCACUUGGAAAUUAAGGGGUGUAUAGGGUUGAGGGUGCUUAAAGGAGCUCCAACCACGCUCAAUUUAGGCACGGUAUGUCAAUCAUUUGGUAAUCUAAAGCAUCUAUCAACACUAAGGAUGGAAAAUCUGGAACUCCUUGAACUUCCGGAUUCAUUAGGAGAGAUGCAUAGUCUUCAAGAGUUAUAUUUAAGUAAUUCAUCCGUGGAGAAACUUCCAGAGUCGAUUGGGAAACUGAAAUCUCUAGCCAAGUUGAUUUUAUCUCGCACAAACAUUGUUGAGCUGCCCGAGUCAAUUGGAGAGCUUAAGAGAUUGGUGACUCUAGACUUCUUAGGAUGUAAAUUAAGAAAGCUUCCUAAGGCGAUAGGGAUGUUGGAGAAGCUUGAAAAAUUGGAUGCAACACAUUGCAGAUUUUUGGAGGGAGAAAUUCCAAUGGAAAUUGGGGAGCUAUCAUCUUUGAAACAGUUAUCUUUAAUGGGAACCCGUAUUUCUGAAGUGCCACCAAGUAUUAGUCGGCUUUCUCAACUUACGACAUUGGUUUUGACUGGUUGUCUGGAGCUUCAGCAAUUGCCUGAGCUUCCUACGAGUUUGACCCAUUUGAACAUUUGGUCUUCAGCAUUACACAGGAUUCCGGAUUUGUCAUACCCGACAGACUUACGUGAUCUGCAGUUAUCCGAUCAUGUUGGUGGAAGAAGAUAUGUUGAUAUGCCUCAUGCACCCCUAAACGCAUGCGAAGCUCAAGAUUUUCAGUGGAUUGGGAGGUUAACUAGGUUGUCGGUGUUGGCAUUGGACCUUUUUGACGGGACCGCAUUGCCCGCUGACUUUGCAAAUACCCUAACCGAACUCCAGUUUCUCGGAUUACCAAGCUCCACCUUUCAAUCUCUCAAGCGGAUUCCACCCAAUAUUCGGGGGUUGACGGUCUUUGAUCUUGAGUCCACAGAUGUAUUGUCAAACCUUCACACCUUCAAACAUUUGUUCCGUUUUGAAAUAGGCAGGUCGUCCUUAACCGAAAUUCCACUGGAUGCGCUUGGACAGCUGGAGAACCUUCGCUGGCUAAUGAUAUUUGACUGUCUAUUUCUUGAGAGACUAUCCCAUUUACCAAGCUUAAGAAAGCUAAUAUACUUGUUUGUUGAAAACUGCCAUCGGCUAGUUGAGAUUCAAGGUCUUGAACGAUCAGAAUCACUGGAGCAAAUACGUAUGUUUUACUGCCCGUUCGUGAAAGAUCUACCGGAUCUUUCCAGCUUACGUAAACCGAGCCGGUUGGAAUUAUCUGAUUGCGACUCGUUGGAAAGUUUGCCUGUUGUGAAUAAGGAAACAUGUCUUUUGAAUGUUUUCAGAUGCAAGAUGCUGCCUCCCCAUUCAAGUCCAGAAUUUCAAUGGCGUGCUGAGCAAAUGGCUUUCAAUAGGAGUCUUGUCAGUGGGAAAUUUGUUUAG